AUGGCUCAGAUGGCGAAAUCCAUGAUAGAAGUGGAGAUCAAUGUAUCAGCUGAUAUGAUUUUCGGAAAAUCAUUUUCCAAGCUAUCAAGUCUACUUCACGAGCAUAUUGGUGAUGGCUGUAAAGGCACCAAGAACUGGACUUUGUCUGUUGAUGGAAAAGUAGAGAAAAUGAAGGAGAGAGUUGAAAUAGACGAGGCAAACAAAUCAAUGACUGUGUUUGUGUUCGAAGGAGAUGUGAUGGAGAAUUAUAGUAGUUUCACAUGCAAUCUUCAGAUCAUACCAAAGCUUCAUGGUAGAAGUAUAGCAAGAUGGAGCUGGGAAUACGAGAAGCUUAAUGCAGAUUCUCCAGCUCCGAACAAAUACAUGGAUUUUGCAGUCUAUCUCACUAAAGACAUUGAAUCUAAUCUUCUCAAAACAUAG